AUGUUCAAAGGCUAUGAGCCAUCGGAUGAAGCACUCUCUAGAUUCGCGGAUGACAUGGUACUCUGGCGUGACGAAAUCUUGAAUUCGGGCAUCCUCAAGAAGCGCUUCGACUAUUUCAGCCAGUAUCGCUCGCUACUCGAAUGCAAGAUUCCAUCUGCUGGAUUCGCGUACGGAAUCUACCACGUCAAGGUUGAGAGCAACGGCGACAAGCGAUUUGAGAAGUUGUUCGCAUUCAGCAAGCACGACCAUUACACUCAUACGAGUCUCAAUUUCGUGCUGAACGUGUACAACAAGCACCAUGGUGGUAACAUUCAAUUGACGCUCAUUGGUAACACGUGCCUAAAGUACGACAAAAAGGACCUAAUCGAAUCAUCCUCAGUCUUUCGCAACUGGUUCUCCAUCCUGCAGAAGUUCAAGCUCAAGUUUCCUAAAAACAAGCUCGUCAAGCAUCUCUCGAGCUCUGCGUGGGGUCAUCUGGUCUCAACUAACACGAUCAUCAAGCCUUUCGAUGAUGUAGACCCUGACGAAUACAGCACGGACAUUAACGAUACCGACGCUCAGUAA